GGCAACAAAAACACAAACGUUAUUUCCCCAUUGGCGCCACUACUCGUUUCCCGCGCCAUUUUCACAGAACCGCUUCGAGUUCAUAAACCCUAACCCUUACUGUGUGAUUCGCACACACACUCUCUCUAGAAGUUUCAAGUUCUGUACGACAUCACUCUAGAAAUCUCCGUAUCUAAAUUCUUCCUUCUCUCUGCACGUUUUCCCUCUGAAGAUUCGUAGAUUUCUGGAAGAAGAAGAGGACAAGGAAUAUGUUCUAUUCGCAUACGUUUUUGGCUCGGAAAGGGCCAUUGGGGACGGUGUGGUGCGCCGCGCAUCUGCAGCACAAGCUCAAGAAGUCUCACUACACUGCCACUGAUAUACCUUCCACUGUUGAGCGUAUCAUGUUUCCAGAAGUCCCCAUUGCACUCAGAAUGUCAGGCCAUCUUCUGUUGGGUGUUGUGCGGAUAUAUUCAAAGAAAGUUGAUUAUUUAUACCAAGAUUGCAAUAUUGUCCUGAUUGGGAUAAGGAAGGCGUUUUCUUCUAUAGAAGUUAAUCUGCCAGAAGAUGCAUCGCAUGCACCAUUUCACUCUAUCACUUUGCCAGAUACAUUUGAACUUGAUGCCUUAGAUUUGGAUGCUGACUUUUAUGUUGAAGGGGCUCUAGACAUGCAUCUCAGGGCCCAGGAGGAGAUAACACUGACAGAUCAAAUUCCAAUUGGGAGGGAUCCUUAUAUUGCUAUCACUUUUGAUGAGGAUGUGAUGACAGAUUUAUCAAAUCAUGAAGAAAUUCCUGAUUCAGGGGUCAGACCAAUGGACGAAGAUGUUGUCCAUCCGACUCCAGUGGAAGGUAGGGCAGAUUUUCAGGAUCCUGGUCUAAGUGACAUAAUGGGACAAUCAAAUGAGAGGCUUAAUGAAGAUAAUUUCCCCCAUGAUCUACCAGAAAUAGAAGUCAUGCGUGAUGCUAUCCAUGAUUUACACUCAGAAAACCUUCCAGUGGGUGGUAAUGCGGGCUUUCAAGAUCCUGGUCCUAGUCAUCAGAUGGAACAAUUGAAUGAAAUGUUUAAUGAAGAAACUGUACCCCAAGAGGUUCCAGAAAUGGAAGUUAUGCGUGAUGCUGUUCAUGAUUUACAAUCGGAAAGGCUUCCAGUGUGGCCAGAACAUGGAUAUGAUACAACUGAGCUAGACAGAUCUCUAGACCAGAUGUUGAAUGAGAAAGAAAUCCUUUCUCCAAACAUGCCAGAUAUCUUAUAUUCUGGAGAGCAGUCUCUUCCAUUUCAACAACGUUCAGAACCACCAGCUUCUGCUGUUUCACAGGAGGCUCCUGAGAUUUUUGAUUCCCACAUUUCAUUUGGGCAUGUGUCACCCGCACUGGCAAUUGGAUCUACUCCACCUGUUGAGAAGCCAAAAGCAAAAUCAAGGAAGAGGAAGCAGUUAUUUGAUGUGUCCCUUGUGUUGCCUAACAAGCUUAUGAAGAAGGCACUUGAAGAUUCCAGUGGCCUGCUGCGGAAGAAGAAGAGACUCCCUUGCUCUGCUUUGGAUAUUUGGAAAAUCAAUAUCAAGUCAAGAAAGGAGAAUGUCUUUUUUGAGCCUUCAGUAAGUGGGAUGUGUGAAGAUCUUCAUAAUACUUUCAGGGAAGACGUCAUCUCAUUGAAACCCCAUUUAGCUAUCACAGAGCAAGCUUUUCCAGAGCCUUCGGUUGCACAAUCUGCUCCCAUGCCUGAAGAGGCUUUUCCAGAGCCUUCAGUUGCACGAUCUCCUGCUCCCAUGCCUGAAGAAGCUUUUCCAGGGCCUGAGGUUGCACCGUCUCCUGAUGCCAUGCCUGAGGAGGCUAUUCCAGAGCCUGGGGUACAAUCCCCUGCAUCCAUGCCUGACCUUGAUAUUGAAAUUGAACAUCUUCGUGAUCAUGAAGGCAAUGCUGGCAGCAAUAUUUUACCUGAAAUCAUGCCUUCUCCAACCAGAUUAAUUCAUUCUCCUACUAGAUUUCCUUCUUCAUCCAUCAGAGGCGACUUCACUCCCAUAUCAACUGGUGAUAAAGGUUCAGAAUUGGAUCCUAUGGUGGGAACAGAUUUUGGAACUAGAUCUUUGCCUACACCGGACUUUUCAAUGUCUGCUGGUACUUUUGGCUCUGAUCUGGAAACACCAGCGACAUUCAUGGAGGAGCGAUUAGGUGUAGAGAACACUGGUCUUUCAGAUAUUCCUGAGCUGGUGAAUUCUGCUGAAGAGCUAAAUUUUCUUGAAGCAGAUGACAUGACACCAACUGGAGGAUCCCCAGGAACUCAAGAUGUCAGCACAUUGUCUAUAAGAACCAGGGCUGUGGCUCAAUAUUUACAAAAUCACUCUCCUAUAAAUCCAAUAUCAGAAGACCCAUCUAGGGAGCUCAGUUUGAACAAGAUCUUAGAAGGCAAAACAAGAAAGAUAGCUGCAAGGAUGUUCUUUGAGACACUGGUCUUGAAGAAUUAUGGACUGGUUGAUGUACAACAAGAAGAACCUUAUGGUGAUAUUACUUUGAAAAUGACUCCCAAACUCUCCAAGGCUCGAUUUUGAAGUUAUAUAUUUGGUGUUAUUUAACAUGCUUGGUCAUCAAUUUUGAUGUAUAUAGAUGGGUCCAUACAAUAGCAGCAACAGUAGAAUAAAUUUUGUAACCGUACAUAAGAUGCAUAGUUCACAUGUUAUUUGGCUUAAUUAUUGUGAUCAAUAGCUUUGCUUGCAGACAGUAGUUGUAAUUUGUAAAUCCUUUUAUUAGAACUUGUAGCCUUUUAAAUAAUGAAAAUGGGCUCAGUCCCCUUUCCUUUGGUAGUAAA